AGAGAGAGAGAAACAAGUUGACAGAGACAGAGAGAAAGAGAGAGAGAGAGAGAGAAAAGAGAAGAAAGAUAAAGAGAGACACAGAGAAAGCCAGAGCCAGGAGGGAGAUGAGGUUGGGUGAGGACAGGGCAGGGUAAAACUUGGGACCAGGGACAGUCAGGCUGCAUCUUCUCAGGAGAGGGAGGACUGCCUUCAUCCGGGAGCACUCACACAUGAAGCCUCCCUCCGAACCUCUCCUCAGGGCAGGCAGCUACUGCAAGAGAUUCCUGCUCACAGCCUACCUGCUUGCCUCUAUGACAACUUCUGAACUGAUUCUGGUCCCUGAGUACCUGAACAAGGUGCAGGGUGAUACACUCAGUUGGCGGAUCCAUGGAGCCCCCACCGGUGAUGUCAACUAUACAUGGUACCGGGGAAAUGAAUCCAUCGAAGGAAAAAUGCUUGUUUCAUACAUCUCCUCCCUCCUAAGCUGGAUUCCUGGCCCUGAAAACACCGGCCGGGAGAAUGUGACUGACAGAGGCUUCCUGAGGAUCACAGAAGUAGAGUUCAGUGACACUGGGAACUACACGGUAGUGGUAGCCAGCCCUGAGGGAUCCCAGGAGGCCACUGGAUGGAUCCAAGUCUGGGAGAAGCUGUUCCAGCCCGACAUCACGGUAAGCCAGGCUGCCGUAGUAGAGUACGUGGACAUUGUGAACUUCACAUGUCAUCCCAACAACACUGGCGACUUCCAGAUCCAGUGGUACUACAGCUAUGUCCCUGUGUCUGAAGACUAUCAGUGGUCUCUGUCCUCAGACAACAGGACCCUCAGCGGCUGGGUCAGCCGCUUCCACCACGGGCCCUACUACUGCCAAGUGUCGAACCCGGCCAACUCACAAAGGAGCGCCCUUCAGAAUCUGCAAAUAUACUACGGGCCAGAUUCCAUAGACAUGAGUUCCAUCCCUUUUUUCUACCUGGGCACCAUCAAUGCCAAGCUGGGCUCCGAUGUAACUGUGUACUGCCAGACAACAGCACAGCCCCCAUGCCUGUAUCGAUGGCUUCUCAAUGACACUGCCCUGGAUGUCACCAACAGCACCUUCAGCAUCAGGACCAUGUCCUGGGGAGAUGUAGGCACCUACAGGUGCAUUGCCGAGAAUCCCACAACCCAAGUGGUUCUCUAUUCAACGGUCACCCUUCAAGUUCAUGAGCCCCCCUCUCUCAGCAAAAGGCCUUUCUACACCAUCUACAAAGGAACUGUCAUCUUCCUCAGUAUUGGCAUCGGUCUGGGCCUGUUAAACCUCAUUGGGGGCUUCAUCUUCUACCUGGUGUCCAGACGGUGACUGAAGUCAAGGAAAGAAGCCUAGGAAGCUGUGGGGUGAUGAGAGACAGCAUCACAGCCUCAAUAAACACAAAAAA